CAUGGUUACAACGAAAGUGUAUACGUGCGUGUGUUACGCUGACGGCUUUGUGAAUUGAUGUUCUGUGUUUGGGCCGUAUUUCUGCCUUUUCUGUGCAUUUUGCCACAAGUAAGGUAAAAGGUGAAUUAAUUGAAGUAUUAUUUCUGUGUCGACACGUUUCCGAGGCGUCGUUUUAAAGGGACACUGCGUUAAAAAUGACUCGCACUGAGUUAGUGGACUGUGCCGAUUAGAAAUAAUACCUGUGGGGUUACCAAGGUGGUGACGACGCAUCGGGAGAGGAAACAGCAAAGAGCCUUAAUAGCAGUGAAAGCGAGAAGGUGAGAGUCCUCUUUAGUGUGACAUUAGUAAAUUCAAGACCAAGGAGCCUGACAGGAAAUACCAGAGAUGGCUAUUCUUUGUAUCUUUGCGGACGUUUGAUGGACUCACUACUGACUUAAAGACAGAUUCUGGACCUGGAUGCGAGUGUGCCUCUCAGACGUUGAAAACGGUUACAUCUCCCUGACAGUUUUCAACUGCCAUAAUGGAGAAAUACGAAAAGCUGUCCAAAAUUGGCGAGGGUUCCUAUGGUGUGGUGUUCAAAUGCAGGCACAGAGAUACUGGCCAAAUAGUCGCCAUCAAGAAGUUUGUGGAGUCUGAAGAUGACCCAGUUAUUAAGAAGAUUGCACUGCGAGAAAUACGUAUGCUGAAGCAACUCAAACACGUGAAUUUGGUCAACCUGCUCGAGGUGUUCAGGAGGAAAAGGCGGCUCCACUUGGUGUUUGAGUUCUGUGAACAGACAGUCCUAAAUGAGCUUGACAAACACCCCCGAGGGGUACCUGAGGCUCAGCUGAAAAGUAUAGUAUGGCAGACUCUGCAGGCUGUCAGCUUCUGCCACAAACACAAUUGCAUUCACCGCGAUGUAAAGCCAGAGAACAUCCUCCUCACCAAAACCGGAGUCAUCAAGCUUUGUGACUUUGGCUUCGCCCGUAUUCUGACGGGACCGGAGGAUGACUAUACAGACUACGUAGCAACCCGCUGGUACCGGGCUCCUGAGCUGCUGGUAGGAGAUACUCAGUACGGGCCUCCUGUUGACGUGUGGGCUUUGGGCUGUGUCUUUGCCGAGCUGCUCAAUGGGAACCCACUUUGGCCCGGGAAGUCUGACGUUGACCAGCUCUACCUCAUCAGGAAAACUCUGGGUGACCUGAUCCCCCAUCACCAGCAGGUCUUCCGCUCCAAUGUUUUCUUCAGUGGAGUUAGUAUUCCUGAGCCUGAUACAAUGGAACCUUUGGAAAAGCGCUUCCAUGGAGUGUCUCCCCAUGCCCUUCAGGUUAUGAAGUCAUCCCUGGUGAUGGAUCCUUCUUUGCGCCUGUCCUGUGAAGAGCUGCUGGAGCUGCCUUACUUCCAGGAGGAAGGAGGACUCAACUAUGGCCGUGAGGGGGAGCGCCUAGGAAGACGACAUGACAGAGGCUCCCGCCGCAGACAGGCUGGGGCUCAGUACCUCCCUCAGUUACCAAACAGUAACAUCUCACCUGCACCAGAAGUCAAGAAACAAGUGAAGCAAAAAUAUCACCUGCCCAAUAUAUAAUAAAUAAAUUCAUCUAGUGUUUAGUGGCUGAAAUGUGUAAACGAUGGAGUAAAGUUCUGCUUUGCGCAGUCAUUUAAAUAAGCUGAUUUGAAGGAACAUACGUUCAUGUUGUGGUAAGUAAAAUACGGUUUUUAAUUCUGUGAUCACUUAUAGAUAUAAACUAUAUUCUUCAUACAAAAACCAAUAGUUUAUAUAUUAUCAGCUGAGAUUAGGGCAAAGAAUGCACAAUCUUUUCGUUUCAUGGCUAAAGAUACAUCUACAAGAUUGAAACAAAUGUCUUGUAGUCACCAGUGUGCCAUUGCGAAUUGGCUACAAGACUAUACCGGUUUUCUGAUACAUCCAAUAAUUACUAAUCAUACAUUAAAAUAUUUGAGCAUUUUACUAUAUAUAAGAGAAACAAAUGCAUCUAUCUUAAGAUUCUGUAAACAUUGUUAAUGUUGUUAAUGUAAACCAAAAAAAGAGCAUCUAGUAUUGGAUAUUAGCCUGUAUACUUGAUGUUUAACUUCCUCACACAGUCUUAAGGUUUAAUAAAAUCCCACCACGAAAGCCAAUACUUUGAGUAAUUUGAUGGGUUCUUAACGUACUCCAGCCACUGUCUCAAUGGCGAUACCUAAGGUCGGAUGCAGGCAUCCACUCUGUUACUCAGCCAUCCACUGGAGUAUGCAUCAGCACACCGGCAUCCUGACACAUGGCUUGACUCAUCACCUGACCUCAAACUUAUCAAAUUACAGAUUUAACUCCUUGUUAUACAGUUCAGUGAUCUGUGCUGUAGACAGACAGGGUUUACCAUACGCUAUAAACAGCCGUACUCUUUUUUUCCUGGUCAAAGCAACUUUUUAUAUAAAAUGAUUGAUAAAAUUUCCCAUUCAUCAAUGAAAUUACUUAAUAUGGAGCUCUUCUCAUGGUUUAUUGUAUGAUUAGGAUGCUUUCUUUAAAAACAAGAGAUUUCAUGGAAAGAUAGGUGGGAAAAGAAAAUAUACCACUCCAAACAACAUUGGAUAUGCUGUAAACAAGAUGAUAGAAUUUAUAUAGACAGAAAAACACACUGAAGCACGGGGCAUGACAAUUGAUCGUAACAGCUAGUAUGUAUACAUUUGAUAUCAGUCUUAAAAGUUUAGAAGCUUGAAAACCCAGACUAUAGUUUAAAUCAGCAUUACUACCGGGGUGUUGCAAUAAUUGUGUAUCUGCGAGGCACAUUGGCAAA